AUGCGGCUUCAAGCGUUGCUCCCACUGGCACUGCUCAGCGCAGUCGCCGUAUGUCAAGAUGACUCUAGCACUGAUUACGACCUUUGGGGCCCAGGAGAGGAUCCGGUGGAAUUUUCUGACGGUAACUUUACUGAGCCCACAGCCACGACGACCGUCUACGGCGAGGGAGCGAGCAUGAAUGUCAGCUGGGACACGACUUACGAAAACUCCAAUCUUUACCUCAUCGUCGGCUGGGACUUUGGCACCCCCGUACAACUUGCGACCGGCUCGUCCCAAAAGUGGUACCAAUGGGAUGUCCACACCGAUUCCAAGAAUACGUCGCAGAUAUAUGCGUUCCGUAUAGUCAAUGCGCAAGGCACUUCCGACGAGCAAGCGAACGGAGGGUUUCUGAGCGCGUCCUUCUACAUUGGCGACAAUGAUGGGACCGCCGAUGAUCCAACAACAACGGCGACCACACUCACAACAUCUGCGUCCGUGCCAGUAGCGACGGCAACGAGCGGGCUCGCUGUUACAUCACCGGCCGAGGCGACUAGCAGCUCUACCCCAACGACAACGCCUACAGUAGAGACAGGACUAUCAAGUGGUGCGAAAACCGGACUCGGCGUUGGAAUCGGCGUCGGCGUUGUGGGCAUAGCGGCCUUACUUGCCGCACUGUGGUUUUGGAGAAAAUCAAAGAAGGGCGGAGGCAAGAACACGAAUAGCCAAGAGGCCUACGAGCCAUACAGCGGCGGCAGUCCGCAGACGGUCUUUAACGAAGGCCCUCCUCAACCAUACGAUCCAAACGCGCCAGCAUACAACGCGAAUCAACAGGCGCUCAUGGGGUAUUACAAACCAGGACGACCAGCACAGCCAGCUGAGAUGGAAGCUGCCAGAGGGACUGAGCUUGACGGCGGACAGCACCACCUCUGCACGCCGGAAGCAUAUACGGACAACAAUGCCGCACGGCCUCCAACGCAUUCUCCCGCUCCAACGCAUUUGACCGCAUCAACGCAUUCUCCGGCCCAACAGCAGCCUGUCGAGCUCCAGUAA